CUCACAGCGCGAAGGCGUCCCCAGUUCCACGUGCUUCUGUUAUGACCGUUGGAGGAUGAAGCCACAGAUGCCUGCCAUAGUGAUGGAGUGCUUUCACAAGUCCAAAACAGCUGAUGAUGCGUCCAGGCAUAUCAGUGACCAAAGUCGGACUCCUUGCUUCUGAAGAAACCCAGAACACGUCGCAGAAAUAAAAAUGGAUUCCACAUGACUUUCAACAUCCAAGUAACAUUGGGAAUUGCCAUGACGCAGUCGGUUGUUGUCCAAGUUGGACAGUGUGGAAACCAGAUUGGUUGUCGGUUUUGGGAUCUUGCUUUGCGAGAGUAUGCCCAGUUCAACAAGAGUGCCUUAUAUGACGACGCCGUUGGUACAUUUUUCCGUAAUGUGGACUCAAGUGAUGGAACACAUCUGGCUGCUGGUGGAAGAAUACAACUGCUGAAAGCUAGGGCAGUGCUGGUGGACAUGGAGGAAGGUGUGGUCAGUGAGAUCCUUCAGGGCCCUUUGAGAGAUGUGUUCCACAGCACUCAGCUUCUCACAGAUGUGUCAGGUGCAGGCAACAACUGGGCCGUUGGACACAUGACGUAUGGGUCAACCUACAGAGACAAGAUAGUGGACAAGCUGAGAAAAGCAGCAGAACAAUGUGACUGUCUGCAGUCCUUUUUUCUUCUCAACUCUAUGGGAGGAGGUACAGGUUCCGGGCUAGGGACCAAAGUGCUCUCCCUUCUCAAGGAUGAAUUCCCUGGAGUGUGUCGUAUUGUCACCCCCGUCUACCCGUCCUUAGAGGACGAUGUCAUCAUAUCCCCCUACAACAGCAUCCUGGCUAUGAGAGAGCUCACAGAGAAUGCAGACUGUGUCCUGCCUGUUGAAAAUCAGGCACUGAUUGAGAUUUUGAACAAGAUCACACAUACGUGCCAUGGCCAACAGUCCAGGUCCAUCCCAAAAGGCGACGUCCUAGUGCCAAGAAAGGAUGGGCUGACAGGGUCCGAGAGGCCUUUUGAUGCCAUGAAUAACAUUGUGGCUAGAAUGUUGCUGGACAUUACCAGUUCGGCACGUUUUGGGGGUACUCUAAACAUGGAUCUGAAUGAAAUCCCAAUGAACUUGGUUCCUUUCCCUGGAUUACACUACCUGGUACCAAGCCUUAGUCCGCUCUACUCGGAUGUCAGUGGCCCUGGCAGAAGCCUGGACCAGAUGUUCACAGAUGUGUUCAGUAAAGGCCAUCAGUUGCUGAAAGUAGACUUAAUGCACAGUCGCCAUCUUGCCUGUGCCCUCAUGCUGCGAGGGAAUGUGCAUGUGUCUGACCUGCGCAGGAACAUUGACAGGAUGAAGCCUCUAUUACCUUUUGUGUCCUGGAAGCAAGAAGGCUGGAAGACCAGUCUGUGUUCUGUUCCCCCUGUAGGUGGCAGCCAAUCCCUGCUGGCCUUGUCCAACACCUGUGCUAUAAAGUCCACAUUUGUAGAGCUGAGAGAACGCUUCACCAAGCUUUACAAGAAGAAGGCACACCUGCAUCAUUACCUGCAAGUAGACGGGAUGGAGGCCAGCUUGUUCUCAGAGGCCAUGACUUCCCUCAACUCUCUGAUAGAUGAGUAUCAACAUCUGGACUCAGCAACAUUCCUACCUGACCCACCAAGACUUAACAUCGCUCAAUAAAAUAAAGCAAAUCAUUCCAAACAACAAUGCAUUCAUUCAUUCAUUCAUUCAUUCAUUCAUUCACACUUGUCAACAAUUGGAAUGUACCUCUGUUGAAAUCCACCAUUUGUCAUUAAAAAUACAUCAUUUGACAUUUGGAAGCAUUUCAAAGGAUGUUUUUUAAUCAUAUUUGUCUCCUGAAGCAGCAUAUUUCCCCCACUAAAGAGUGUAUAAGGCAGCUGCAUGUUGGGGGGAAAACUAUUUGUACAUAUAUUAGCUGCACCGGACUAUAAGGUGCAGAUAUAUACGUUGUGAAAUGACUUAUUUACACAGGAAUAUUAUGUAAAUGUUUACAUUAAUUGUUUCCAAAUGAAGCAAUGUAGUAUCUGUUAGUCUACAAAAUAACAUGCCCCCCCCCUAUUUGGUGGAAGAUUUCUGUAUUUUCCAGACUACAAAGUGCACCGGUUUAUAAGCCACGCCCACAACAUUUUACAAGAAGCUGCACUGGACUAUAAGGUGCAGAUACACUACCGUUCAAAAGUUUGGGGUCACCCAAACAAUUUAGUGGAAUAGCCUUCAUUUCUAAGAACAAGAAUAGACUGUGGAGUUUCAGAUGAAAGUUCUCUUUUUCUGGCCAUUUUGAGCGUUUAAUUGAGCCCACAAAUGUGAUGCUCCAGAAACUCAAUCUGCUCAAAGGAAGGUCAGUUUUGUAGCUUCUGUAACGAGCUAAAGUGUUUUCAGAUGUGUGAACAUGAUUGCACAAGGGUUUUCUAAUCAUCAAUUAGCCUUCUGAGCCAAUGAGCAAACACAUUGUACCAUUAGAACACUGGAGUGAUAGUUGCUGGAAAUGGGCCUCUAUACACCUAUGUAGAUAUUGCACCAAAAAGCAGACAUUUGCAGCUAGAAUAGUCAUUUACCACAUUAGCAAUGUAUAGAGUGUAUUUCUGUAAAGUUAAGACUAGUUUAAAGUUAUCUUCAUUGAAAAGUACAGUGCUUUUCCUUCAAAAAUAAGGACAUUUCAAUGUGACCCCAAACUUUUGAACGCUAGUGUAUAUAUGUUGUGAAAUGAGUUAUUUACACAGGAAUAUUAUGUAAAUGUUUACAUUAAUUGUUUCCAAAUGAAGAAAUGUAGUAUCUGUUAGUGUACAAAAUAACAUGGUUUCCCCCCCAUUUGGUGGAAGAUUUCUGUAUUUUCCAGACUACAAAGCGCACUGGUUUCUAAGCCAUGGCCACAACAUUUUACAAUAAAUAAAUGUUUUUCCAUAUAUUAGCUGCAUUGAUCUAUAAGGUGCAGAUAUAUACGUUGUGAAAUGACUUAUUUACACAGGAAUAUUAUGUAAAUGCUUACAUUAAUUGUUUCCAAAUGAAGCAAUGUAGUAUCUGUUAGUCUACAAAACAACAUGUUCAAUAAUUGUGAUUCAAUAAAUAAAGUGUGUAUGUUGUCUAUAUCCAACAUGAUGUAUUAUUAUAAGUCAUCUUUUCAUCAAUUAUUUCCCAUAUUUCUACACAAUGAGUCAGAUAUGUAACACUAGUGAGCAGUAGACAAUAUGAAGUCAUUUUCGCUCUAGAACAUGUUUUGCUUUAUUUAUUAUUGACGUGUUUCUUGUUACUUUAUGUUGUAUAUUUUUUACAUGAGAUUUCAUUUGAUCAUCUAUUAUUACACCCAAGAUGUGUUUUAUUUGACCUUUCAAUGUCUACUCCGUCUAUUUGUGUUUCUGUUUGACUUUCUCUUCUACUCUUACCAAAUAGCAUUAUUUUACUUUUCCUGAGAUUCAAAGAUAGUCUCUUUUUGUCAAAGCAUCUU